UAGUCCUUGGAUUGAGAGCCUGGUUCGUUGGUUAAUCUCGUAAAUUCACUUAUACACUUACACACGCCAGGCUGCUUAGUGGUUCAGUCCACCGAUAAUAACUACUGGAGGUGGAUUUAAUUUAAACAACUACUCUGAGAGACAGUGUAAAAACACUGCUGCUGCUGCAAGAGGAGAGGGCGGAGGACAGACGGAGAGAUUCAUACGAUCGAAGAGGAAGAAGAGCAUUCUCUCGUCUCAGUGUGGCAUAUUGACUUAAUUUAAGUGGAGAAAAAGAAAAUGGUGGAGAUGACGAUGAACAAGGAAACAUCACACUGGUGGUGGUUUGACAGUCAUUAUACCUCAAGUGGAUCUCCAUGGCUACAAUCUACUCUCGCUGAGCUAGACAAGAGGACAAAGUCAAUGCUGAAACUGAUAGAGCCAGAUGCUGAUUCUUUUGCUCAACGUGCAGAGAUGUAUUACAAGAAACGGCCUGAGCUAAUUAGCAUGGUUGAAGAUUUUUACAGGGCACAUCGAUCAUUAGCUGAGCGAUAUGACCAACUAAAGUCUGACUCUGGAAAUCGCCUCCUGGCAACAUUUGGGUUGCCAUUUUCAACCAAACAUCGACCUGAGAAGUUAUUGAGUGUGGAGAUACAUCAAACAUAUGGUAGCCACUCCGAGAUUUACGACGCUGAGGAUUUCGCUGAGUCUGAAGUAGAUGACCCCGAACAAGACCAAAUUCAAGUUGAUGAAGAAUUGGAAGAAAUUGAGACACCUGAAGAAAACAAAGAAACCCAUGCUGAAGACUCUGCUGAGUCUGAAGUAGAUGACCCUGAACAAAAUCAAAUUCAACUUGAUGAAGAAUUGGAAGAACUUGAGACACCUGAAGAAAAGAAAGAAACCCAUGCUGAAGACUCUGCUGAGUCUGAAGUAGAUGACCCUGAACAAAAUCAAAUUCAACUUGAUGAAGAAUUGGAAGAACUUGAGACACCUGAAGAAAAGAAAGAAACCCAUGCUGAAGACUCUGCUGAGUCUGAAGUAGAUGACCCUGAACAAGAUCAAAUUGGUGAAGAAUUGGAAGAAAUUGAGACACGUGAAGGAAAGAAAGAUGUUGACGUUUGUAGCAUGUACAAUGCUGAAGUGACGAAGUUGAAGGAAGAAAUAGAAAGACAUGAGGUAGAGAAGAGGAUUUACAAGGGUUAUCUUUUGCAGAAAGACGAGGAGAUGAGAGAACAAAAGAAAGAAAUUCCAGCCAAUGACGGAAUGAGAGAAGCUGACAUUUCAAAGGUCGUGUACAAUGUCGAAGUGAUGAAGUUGAGGGAAGAAAUAGAAAGGCUUAGGGAAGAGAAGAAGAUUAGCAAGGAUCAUAUUUUGCAGAAACAUGAAGAGAAGACAGAAGAAAGGAAUGAAACUAAAGUCAACGAAGGAAUGAAAGAAGUUGAAUUUUCAAGUGUUUUGUACGAUUUUGAAGUGAUGAAGUUGAGGGAAGAAAUAGAAGGGCUUGGGGAAGAGAACAAGAUUUACGAGGAGCUACUUUUGCAGAAAGAUGAAGAGAAACGAGAAGUAAUAAGACAGCUAAGUUCAACAGUUGACGUGUUGAAGUUAGAGAAUACGAAGCUGAGGAAGUGUGUAGCUAGAGACUCCCACAAAAAAGGAAGCCAUUUCACAGUCGAGAAGCUGAAGGAUGUAUUUCUUGGGAAGCUUUUUAAUGCAACUUCAAAGUCUUCAGAGUAGAGUCCAAGCUCUGUAGAUGUGGAUUUUCGACGGCAAGUAGGGUAGUUUGUAAACACAGUUUGUAUCUAUCUAUAGAUGAUUAUACUAUUAGGUGUAAUCCAGAGUAGAGUCCAAGCUCUGUAGAAGUCAACCUAGGAAACCCAGUAUACUGUAAUCUUUACUAUGAUGAUAUUCUUGAACCUAAUUUUCAAUAUAUAUUUUAAAAAAUAAGAAAAAUAUAAA